UUCUGGUCCUAAAAUCUGAUUGGCUGAGCCGCGUUCGAAGCCGUUGUAAAAUCCCCGAUAAACGCACACCUAGGACCACCUCACAUCAUUCCAUAUUAAUACGCCACUGAAAAGAAAAAGUGAAUGUUAUGUUCGCCCUCAUGUUGCCUAGCAACACUGUUAACGGACUACGUGAUUUCGCGGAAGAAUGCUUUUUUUUUCUCUGUAGCUCCUGCCUCCACAUGGCCUGCCAAAGUCAGCCAUCGCUAAACUGUCCUGAAGAAAAUGAUGAGACGCUGGCUGAGGAGUUUCAGUCUGGAUUUCUCACAGAAUCUCUGAAUUCUGAGACCUCCCACAUUCAUUCAGUUACCUUGAGUAAAUUGUUGGAACAACACAAUCAUCCCUAUUCCUGCAGAAAACUAGUCCAGAGUCAUCAAUUUUCCAGAUAUAUCCAGCAGACUCCAUACCCCAGCCAGGCUGAUAUUGACAGAAGAGAUUUGGAUGGCUGGCACUAUGCCAGCUACCAUAGCAGAAGCCUCAGUGGAUGUCAGCCAAACAGCCUGCCAUCGUACCUGCCCUCUACAGAUUACGAGAGCUGCUCAAUGGGUGGACGCUAUUACCCCAGUGGCCACCACUCUCUCCCCAGUAAACACAGUGAGAGCCUUAGUAGUUUGGAGAAGCCUGGCUCUUUGCAUUCCUUUACUUCAUUUGGACCUCCCAUAUACACCUGCCAUAUGAUGCCCCAUUCUGGACAUCCCUAUAAGUAUGGUCCAGUUCCAGUGCAAAUAAGCCUUGAGAAUCAUCUCAUCCCCCAUCACCAGCCGUACACACUCACAGGCCUGGAGAACUACAGACAUUCCGGUGAAGCUGAAAAUGAAGACAUCUCUCACAAACCCAGACAGACGAGUCCUUGCAGAAGAUGGCUUUCUCAGGAACAGAGAAAAGUGUUCGUCACAUAUGAGGCAGACAACGAAGAUCAUCUUAAGGAGGUCAUCAAGUUUGUAGCCCUGCUGAGGAACAACGGCUUUGACACACAUAUUGAUGUUUUUGAACAGCAGCUGUACAGCAUCAGUAAGAUCGACUGCAUGGAGAGAUACCUCAAUGAGAAAGAUUAUCUUAUUAUUAUUGUCAUCAGUCUGAAGUAUUUUGAAACGGUAACAGGUAUCAGUGUGGGCAUGGAUUACAAUGAGAGGACAUCAAACACCAUGUACAUUCACAAGCAGCUUCAGAGUGAAUUCAUAAGGAACGGCUGCAGGAACUUCAGGGUCAUUCCUGUGCUUUUUCCUGGGGCUAAAAAGAGCUAUGUUCCCACAUGGCUACAGAACACACAUCUGUACAGCUGGCCAAGAGACCGGGAUGACAUUCUCCGUCGACUCAUGCGGGUAGAGAAGUAUAACCCACCCCCCGUCGGCCCACUGCCAAACAUCGUGUCUAUGCCCAUCUGAUGGUGCCAAACUGCUUUUGAAGGAUGUCUAGGUGUUUCCAGUGUUUUAUAUAAAUCUAUACUUUAAGUAUUAAAACCACCAUGUGACUGAAUACCAUUUAAUAUAAGCAUGGCUGUUAAAUUUAAUGUACAAUAUUCAAUGCUCUAGUCUAAGGCCAUCACAUAAAAACAAAAAAAGAGUAAGACAUUUCCAAUUUACCAUCAU